GUAGACACUACCAAUACACACGAGCGGUAACCAUGAUCCAUCUGAAGCAGCCUCUGGUGCUCUCCACGCCGAGCAAAAACUAUGCCUCGCCGCUCUUGGCCACCGCAGCAGCGUCGACCAGCCACCUGAGGGACGCCUCCGGAGCUUCGCGCCUUCUCAGAUCGCGCCCCAUCUGCUGCGCGUCUAUGGACGAGGCCGUCGGUGCGUCCACGUCGGUGACGGCCAAGGAGAGGCCGUUGACGGUGACGGCCAUCAUCACCGCCCAGGCACCGUCCUCCACGUACCUCUCGCGCGGCGUCGACAACCUCCAGGACCUCUUCGGCAAGACGCUACUCCUUGAACUCGUUAGCUCCGAGCUCGACCCAAGAACGGGAGAGGAGAGGGAGAGAGUGAAGGGGUUCGUGCACAUCACCCUCAAAGAAGGGACUUACGAGGGGAAGAUGUCUGUUCCAGCAUCAUUCGGACCGGUGGGAGCGGUGCUUGUGGAGAACCAGCACCAUGAAGAGAUGUUCAUCAAGGAUAUCAAGCUUAUCACAGGCGGGGAUGAGAGCACCGCAGUCACCUUCGACGUUGGCUCCUGGGUGCACUCCAAGUUCGACAACCCUGAACCGCGCGUCUUCUUCACUAUCAGAUCGUACCUGCCAUCGCAGACACCAACAGGGAUCGAGGCACUUAGGAGGAAGGAGCUGGAGACGCUGCGUGGCGAUGGCCACGGUGAACGGAAGUUCCACGAGCGCGUCUACGACUAUGACACCUACAACGACCUCGGUGACCCUGAAAGCAACAUCGACCACAAACGCCCCGUGCUUGGCACCGAAGAGCACCCCUACCCUCGUCGAUGCCGCACCGGACGCCCCAUGACCAUGCUUGACCCGAAGACGGAGAAGAGGAGCUCUCCGGUGUAUGUGCCACGUGACGAGCAGUUCUCGGAUGUGAAGGGGGAUGACUUCAGUGCGGCAACGAUGCAGUCGUUAUUGCAUUCCAUCCUGCCGACGAUAGCGCCGCUUCUCAACAACUCAAAGUCCUUCUCGGACUUCCCGGACAUCGACGCCCUCUAUAGAGACGGCAUGCCGCUACGCGUCGACGGUGCUAACUCCUUCAACAAUGUCAUCUCCCGUGUAGUCCGUAAGAUCAAGGACACCACGGAGCACGUCCUCCGCUUCGAGGUCCCCAAGAUGCUUGAGAGAGAUAGAUUCUCGUGGUUCGAAGACGAGGAGUUCGCGAGGCAGACCCUUGCAGGGCUUAACCCUAAUUGCAUCCGCCUGCUCAUGGAAUUUCCCAUAGUGAGCAAGCUUGACGCUGAGGUGUACGGACCGCCAGAGUCGGUGCUAACCAAGGAGCUCCUGGAGAAGAUGAUGAAGGGUGCCCUUACGGUGGAUGAGGCGCUGGAGGACAAGCGGUUGUUCCUGCUGGACUACCACGACGUGUUCCUGCCGUACGUGCACAAGGUGCGCGAGCUGCCGGACACGACGCUAUACGGGUCACGCGCCAUCUUCUUCCUCACCGACGAGGGCACGCUGACGCCGCUGGCCAUCGAGUUGACACGGCCGCAGUCACCGACCAAGCCACAGUGGAAGCGCGUCUUCACGCACGGGUCCGACGCCACCGAGAAGUGGUUGUGGAAGCUGGCCAAGGCUCAUGUGCUAACCCACGACAGCACCUACCACCAGCUCGUCAGCCACUGGCUGCGCACGCAUGCCUGCGCCGAGCCGUACAUCAUCGCCACCAACCGGCAGCUCAGCCGGAUGCACCCGGUGUACCGCCUCCUGCACCCGCACUUGCGCUACACCAUGGAGAUCAACGCCAUGGCCAGGGACAGACUCAUCAACGCCGACGGUGUCUUCGAGGAGACAUACUGGCCCGGGAGGUACUCCAUGGAGCUUUGCUCCUACGCCUACGGUAAGACCUGGCAGUUCAACACGGAGGCGCUGCCGGAAGACCUGGUCAGCCGGGGACUUGCCGUGCGCCGGGACGACGGUGAGCUGGAGCUCACCAUCAAGGACUACCCGUACGCCAAUGACGGGCUCCUCAUCUGGAACGCUAUCGAGCAGUGGGUGUCCAGUUAUGUAGAUUUCUACUACAAGUCCGACGAGGACGUCACCGGCGACGAGGAGCUCCAGGCGUGGUGGGAGGAGGUGCGCACCAAGGGGCACGCCGACAAGAAGGACGAGCCCUGGUGGCCGGUGUGCGACUCCAAGGAUAACCUCAUCCAGGUCCUAAACAGCAUCAUGUGGGUCACGUCCGGCUACCACGCCGCCGUCAAUUUUGGGCUAUACCAGUUCGCCGGGUACUUCCCAAACCGCCCCACUGUUGUGCGGAAGAACAUACCGGUGGAGGAGAAUAGAGAGGAAGACAUGAAGAAGUUCAUGGCCAGGCCGGAGGAGUUUCUGCUGGAGAGCCUCCCUUCGCAGAUGCAGGCCAUCAAGACGAUGGCGACGCUGGACAUUUUUUCCUCCCACUCGCCCGAUGAGGAAUACAUGGGAGAGUACGCCGAGCCGGCGUGGCUGGCCGAGCCUGUGAUCAAGGCGGCAUUCGACAAGUUCAGCAGCAGGCUAAAGGAGGUGGAGGGCACCAUCGAUGAGCGAAACAACAAUCCAAACAACAAGAACAGGUGCGGUGCUGGCAUCGUGCCGUACGAGCUGCUCAAACCAUUUUCAGAGCCAGGGGUCACUGGGAGGGGCAUCCCCAACAGCAUUUCCAUCUGAUCUCCCCUCCAGGAUUAGGUUACCCCGUAAUUUUGCAUGUAGCCUUGGGAAUAAGAUGUUUUUUUUCCUUUUGACAGUCACUGAAUAAGAUGUAUGGGUGGCACAUUCCAUGGCGAAUGACUAUAAGUCAACACGUCAAUAGAAAAUUACGAAGUUAAAGAUUA